CGUGCUGUAUUAAGUGCAUUUUAAUGCUUUCUAUCUACCAUCAAGUUUGUUUUCUGCUCUGAUUCUUUGGGCUGGUAGAGAGCACAAAACCUCUGCUGAAUCUUUCUCUUUCAGUGAUCGGGCUGGACCCCCUUUUGAUUUUUUUGCCUAAUAUUUCAAACUUGACAAUUUGUAGAUAGGUGGGGUCCAAAGCGGUCGUUGCAUACAAUAUUUCUGAUGAAAAUUCUGAACCCCAUAUAUUACUAAAAAGUUUCAUUUAGGGAUCAUCAAUUGUGUUUCUUUCCUUCUCAAUUGUCAUCGACCUCUCCCUUCUUUUGUUCCUAAAAUCUAGCUAUGAGUUUUGCGGGUCAAGUCUCCAGACUAUUAUACAUUGAAGUCCGGAAUUGUCUCACACCGGUAACUUGUUCUUGCUGGAAACUUUUACUCAUCGGGAAAUUGUUUUCCGUUCCAUUCGGACUCAAUAAUCUCACAAUUACGGUGAGUGGUUGGCAACAGAACUGGCCCUGCAGGUGGACAAUGUUGUUCUUCACAGAUGUUCAAUUCACCAAUCUUUAGGCAGUCUAUACACCUUAGUUCAAUUGGAUUUGUAUGAAAAUGAUGUCACAGGUGCCAUUCCCCCAAAUUUGGGCAUGCUCACUCACCUGCAGGUUCUUUACCUUUAUUCAAAUAACUUAUCAGGCAAUAUUCCCAGCUCUUUAGGAAAUCUCUCAAACAUCAGAGAUCUAGAAUUGGCAGAAAAUGAUCGUGGGCAUGCUAAGCCACCUACAGGUUCUUCUCUUUUAUAGAAAUAACUUAUCAGGUAGCAUUCCCAGCUCUUUAGGAAAUCUCUCAAAUUUGAGAGAUCUAGAAUUGGCAGAAAAUAAUCCUACAGGUGCCAUUCCCACCUGUUUAGGAAAUCUCUUAAAAUUGAGAACGCUAAUCUUGUCAGAAAAUGAUCUUAAAGGUACCAUUCCGUCUGAAUUGGGCAUGCUCACUCACUUGCAAGUUCUUUACCUUUCUCUUAAUAACUUAUCAGGAACCAUUCCCAGAUUCUUAGGAAAUCUCUCAACAUUGACAGAUUUAGACUUAUCCGGAAGCCAUCUCGAAGGCCCCAUUCGUCCUGAAUUGGGCAUGCUCACUCACCUGGAGACUCUUUAUCUUUACAAUAAUAACUUAACAGGCACCAUUCCCACCUCUUUAGGAAAUCUAUCCAGAUUGACUGUUUUGGUCUUGUCAGCCAACCAUCUUGAAGGCCCCAUUCCUCCUGAAUUGGGCAUGCUUACUAAGCUUCAGUGGCUUCACCUCUUUACAAAUAAUUUAUCAGGCGUCAUUCCCGGCUCUUUAGGAAAUUUGUCAAAACUGACUAAUUUAGAGUUGUCUGCAAACCAGCUUAGUGGAAACAUACCAGAUUCUUUUAGUACCCUCCGGCAGCUCAUAAAUCUUUAUCUUGAGCAGAACAAGUUAACAGGGGAGAUCCCUGUAACUUUAGAGAGAUGUCGAAUGUUAGAGGUCUUUCAAUUGUCAGAAAACCAGCUUAGUGGAAGUUUACCAGAUUUUCUUGGCGGCCUCCAGCAGCUAAGAUAUAUUUAUCUUCACCACAAGCAGCUAACAGGGGAAAUACCUGCGAGUUUAGAGGGAUGUCGGAUGUUGGAGAAGCUUCAUCUAUCUCACAAUAACUUAUGGGGAAGGAUACCUCGUUAGAUUCACCGGGCACAACAACGUUGGUUAUAUUGCUUCAGAGUAUGGAUUCGGUUGGAGUUCAUCUAAAAGGAAAUGUUUGUAGUUAUUGAAAUCUGAUAUAUUAGAGAUUGUUAAAAGGUUUCAGAGUAUGGAUUCGGCUGGAGUUUAUCUAAAAGGAAAUGUUUGUAGUUAUUGAAAUCUGAUAUAUUAGAGAUUGUUAAAAGGAAGUGAUGACAUGUUUGUAGCAGACACACACUUGCGAAUUUGUGUGGGGUCAGCUUCUUCAAACAGACCGGUAGAUAUUGUUGAUAGCGCGCUAUAGAUAUCAGAUAUCACGCAUGGGAGUUGCAGCUGGUUCCAAUUUAACAUCUACCAUAUCAGACCUGCUGCACAAGGCCAAUUCCACAGAAGCACUUGCAUCUUACGGUCCUUUAUAAGUUCUAUUAAGAAGUCUUAGUCCUUUCUGUUUGCUAGUUAUGUAGAGAGUUUAUCUUCUACUUGGAACAGAGACUUACUAACAUGUAACAUUUUGGCUUUGAGAUAAAGCUUUUAAUUUUCUAGAAUGGAUUUGAACUUCUGAUGAAUUGCACCCAAUAUCAGUCAGAACAGAUCUAGUUAAUCAAGCUAUCAGGCUGUGUGUAAGAUUUUGGGUUUUGUAUAUAUCUCAAUGGUCGAAUAUUUUUUCCUACAAAAUUAAUA